AUGUCACUUGUACGCGCAGUACGGCAUAGGGUAUCUGGCCCCAAGAAAAACAAAGGGGCCGAGAUAGAGAAUCAUGCCCUAAGAGCCGGUGCCCGUGCAAAGGUUUUCAGUGACGGAGGGUCGGGCUCAAGACUUCCGGGAUCGAACGACAGUUUGCAGCGCCGUGCCCUGGUCGACUCCGGAAAUGUGAUGGGUGGCGAUGGUGGGAAAGCAACGGCUAAAAAAACAGUAUUUAAGAAAAAAGUUUUGAAUGGGGUGAUCCACGUCCCAGUUCACAAACGUAGCACAAGAAAGGCAACUCCUGCAGCUGCUGUAAGGCGAAAGUCUGGAUCGCAGCAGCAUGUGUUCAGCGUCUCCCCUCCACCCCAAGCUCUGCCACCAGUGGAGCCGAUGGAUUUAGACGAUUUGGAGGAUACUAUCCAUCACAUGUUGAUUCGUGUGCCACCUGGAGUGGUUGACAUCGACGCUAACGAGGACUGCUUCCUGUGCCCAGAGUACGCCGAAGAUGUGUUCAUAUACUCUCAGUGUUUGGAACAAAAAUGGCUUCUUCCCAUUGAUUUCCUAACCGGAAAAGAAGUCACUGCGCACAUGCGCUCUGUGUUGGUGGACUGGCUUAUCCUUGUUCAGGAUCACCUGGAUCUUCUACAGAAGACUCUACACAUGACAAUAGCCUUGAUCGAUCGCUUCCUGGACCGAGAGGUCGUGGAGCUGAACAAUCUCCAACUACUCGGUAUCACAUGCCUGUUCAUUGCAUCAAAGUAUCACGAACGCUUCAGUCCAGAGCUCAGCGUGCUAGUCCAUCUCACAGACAAUACCUACACGCCCAGAGAAAUCAUAAUGAUGGAACGAUACGUGCUGCGAGUCCUCAGAUUCGAUCUCAGUUUUCCCAGCGCCAUCUUCUUCCUGGAUCGAUUACUGUUGGCGGAGAAUCACACAGACAAGAUCGAGACCACAGCGAAAUACCUGCUGGAUUUGACUCUACUCAGCAUUCACCAGAUCCAAUUCCCGCCGUCAAUGCGAGCCGCAAGUGCUCUCUUCAUGGCCCGUCAAAUCUGGGAUCAGCCAGGAUGGACUCUAGGAAUGGCCUACUACAGCAAGUACUCGCAAAGAGACCUUCGGUCAUGUAUGGAGCACAUGGCCCGGACGCUGUCAAAAGCAUCGGUCUCGAAACACCAGGGUGCCCGGACAAAGUACUCCAGUGUAUCGCGCCAUGGAAACAUCAGCCACAACCCCCGUCUGAUGGACGUGGUGCUUCAUUUCUGA